ACCUGGCAACACUUGCCAGUGCCAACACUGGGUGUGUACACACUUUUUGAUUUACCGGCGAAUUGUGCAUUUUGUAGCAAUUUGUUUGGCUUAAAACAGAAAUAAAAUAAUCAUUUAAAGCAUCAGAAGCGCAGAAUGGCCGAAGACGAGCACGAAGAUCAGAAGGAGUACCGCUGGGAAACAGGCUACGAGAAGACAUGGGAAGCCAUCAAGGACGAUGAGGACGGCCUGCUGGAUGGAGCCAUCGCAGAAAUCAUCCAGAAGGCCAAGCGCCAGCGGCUGGCGCAGAAGGCGAAGCAAAACCGCCUGGGCAUGAUGCGCCACCUGUUCAUAGUGCUAGACUGCUCCGAGUCCAUGAGUGUGCCGGACUUAAAGCCCACGCGAUUGCGCUGCACCGUCAAGCUACUGGAGGUGUUUAUCGAAGAGUUCUUCGAUCAGAAUCCUAUCAGUCAGCUCGGCAUUAUCGCGCUCAAGGCGAAGCGGGCCGAAAAGGUUACGGACCUCACCGGGACGUCGCGUGUGCACCUCAAGGCGUUGGAGAGCUUGGCGAACGUCUCCCUGACCAGCGAACCAUCAUUGCAGAAUGGCUUGGAUCUGGCGUUAAAAACGCUGAAGGUCGUUCCUCCACACGCGUCGCGAGAGAUCGUCGUCAUCAUUGGCUCCCUGACUACCUGCGAUCCCGUGGAUAUCAAUCUCACCAUCGAUGAACUAAAAAAGGAGGGCAUACGCUGCUCGGUCAUCUCGUUGUCGGCGGAGAUCCGCGUGGCCCGCUACCUUACACAGCAGACGAUGGGCACGUUCGGUGCUGUACUGGAUGAUGCCCACUUCAGGGAUCAGCUAAUGUCUCAGGUGGAUCCCCCACCCGCAGCAAAAACGCAGCACAAUUCGCUCAUAAGAAUGGGCUUCCCGCACACCAAAAGCGAAGUCGAGGGCAAGGACGCGCCACUGUCCAUGUGCAUGUGCCACAUUGAGAACCUGGAAGAGCCCAGCGAGCUUAGCACCACUGGUCACCACUGUCCGCAGUGCAACAGCAAGUACUGCGAACUGCCCGUGGAGUGUCAGUCCUGUGGUCUGACUCUAGUCUCAGCCCCGCACCUCGCCCGAUCCUACCACCAUUUGUUUCCAGUGCCCAACUUUGAGGAGCUGCCAUUUGAGUCGAUGCCGGCGUCGGCAGGUUCAUCCGAUCAAGACCGCGACGGGGGAAUCAGAGACUGCUAUGCUUGUGCCAAGGCCCUCGGACCUGUCGCCGAUAAAAGCGUCUUCAAGUGCAGUUUUUGCAAGCAGUUCUUCUGCACCGACUGCGACAUCUUUAUCCAUGAGACCCUGCACGCCUGCGUCGGCUGCAAUACAAUUCCGGGUGUGGACGGCCUGGUCUACCAGCAGACCACCAAACCCGGAGAGGACGAUGCGCAUCCGGGUAGCUCCAAGCAGCGCGUCCAGUUUGGCAUUUAACUGCAUUGUGCAUUGUACACUGACUAGCUGUAGAUAGAUAUUAAAAACGCCAAAUUACGCUUAGAAA